UGUGCAGAGUUUUGGCACUGUACAGAUCACAAUGGGCAACUGGGUUGUAAAUGAGGGUCUCUCCAUUGUAGUAAUUCUCGUGUGGCUUGCAUUGAACGCUUUCCUUUUUGUGCGCUUCUACUUUGUUUAUGACGCUGGAGAUGAUUAUAUUUAUUCCAGAAAACUCUAUGGAUCGGCGUUGGCAUGGGCACGGGCGCCCGCAGCCUGCUUGAACUUUAACUGCAUGCUCAUUCUGCUUCCAGUCUGUCGAAACUUGUUAUCUUUUCUGAGAGGUUCCAGUGCUUGCUGUGGGAGAAGCAUUAGAAGACAACUAGACAGAAACCUUACUUUUCACAAGAUGGUAGCAUGGAUGAUUGCUCUUCAUACAGCUAUCCAUACUGCAGCACAUUUGUUUAAUGUAGAGAGAUUAGUGGAUUCACGUAUAGAGGCUAAAAAUGGAACUAUCGAAGCUGUCCUGUCUGCCCUUGGUGAUCAAGAGGGUGAGAGUUAUCUGAACUUUGUUCGUGAAAAAGUACCAAAUCCCGUAGGAGGAAUUCAUGUUGCUUUUACCUUCCUGGCUGGUCUCACUGGUGUGGUGAUCACAUUGGCAUUGAUUCUAAUAAUCACAUCAUCUACCAAAACGAUUCGCAGAUCAUAUUUUGAAGUCUUCUGGUUUACACACCACCUUUUUGUUAUCUUCUUCAUUGGCCUUGUCAUCCAUGGAGCUGGACGAAUCGUGCGAAGGCAGACUAACCUAUCUGCUAAUAAUCCAGAAACAUGCGAGAAAAAUUUUACUCUGUGGAGUCUCAACGCCACUUUUUGUCCUACUCCUCAAUUUGCAGGAAAUCCUCCUAUGACAUGGAAGUGGGUGGUAGCACCUAUGGUCCUAUAUCUCUUUGAAAGGUUGCUUCGAUUUUGGCGAGCACAGCAAAAAGUUGUUAUCACAAAGGUUGUUACACAUCCCUUUAAAACCAUUGAACUACAGAUGAAACAGAAAGGAUUUAAAAUGGAAGUUGGACAGUAUAUUUUUGUAAAGUGUCCUGCAGUUUCCAAAUUAGAGUGGCAUCCUUUUACCAUGACCUCUGCCCCAGAAGAAGACUUCUUCAGUAUUCACAUUAGAAUAGUUGGAGAUUGGACAGAAGGCUUAUUCAAGGCUUGUGGCUGUGAUAAAACAGAAUCUCAGGAAGCAUGGAAAUUACCUAAGAUAGCUGUUGAUGGCCCAUUUGGAACAGCAAGUGAGGAUGUAUUCAGUUAUGAGGUUGUUAUGCUCGUGGGAGCAGGUAUCGGAGUUACUCCAUUUGCUUCUGUGCUCAAGUCAGUCUGGUAUCGAUACAUUAAUGAUGCAUCCACCCUGAGGCUGAAAAAGAUAUAUUUCUACUGGUUGUGUAGAGAGACACAGGCUUUUGAAUGGUUUGCAGAUUUGCUUCAGUCUCUAGAAACUCAAAUGCAAGAACGAGACCAGGCUCAUUUUCUGAGCUACAACAUCUACCUCACUGGCUGGGACGAAUCACAGGCCACUGCAUUUACUCUGCACCAUGAUGAAGACAAAGAUGUAAUCACUGGACUGAAGCAGAAAACCUUGUAUGGAAGACCAAACUGGGAAAAUGAGUUUAAAACUAUUGCAAGCGCACACCCAAGCUCCAGGAUUGGUGUCUUCCUUUGUGGCCCCGAAAGCCUAGCAGAAACUCUCAGUAAGGAAAGCAUUGCAAACUCCAAUGCAGAUCCCAGAGGAGUCCACUUCAUCUUCAAUAAAGAAAACUUCUAAUAUUUGAAAUUCUCAAAAUGUGUUAACAGAAACAUCUGUUUUACAUUUGCUCUGCUUUGCAUAUAUACAAUGUACAUUUUAAGCUUAUUUUUAGUUAGAUAGUUGAAUACUUUUAUUGCACUAUUUCCCUUGAGGUAUCUGUAACUAAUAAAUGUAAGUACUAGUGAUUUUUUAGUGCUUAUUGGUAGUAAAUGUAAUAGUAAAUGAAAGCAGUUGUAAUUAGUAAAGUAAGUUUUUACUCAUGCUUGUAUCUAGUAUAUGAUAUAGCCUAUUGCACUUAUAAAGAUGCCUUGAGACGUAUUAUGUUUAAAUAUCUAUUAAAUAAAUAGGAGUCCUGCCUUCA